AUUUUCGACGAGCGCAGUCCGGGUGGUGCUGAGAACUGUCACUUUUUUUUUUUUGUUUCGGAGAAGUUUGUAUCGUUUGAUUACAAAUCGCGCACAAGUGUAUUCGUCAGAAGCGUGUCCCGGUGACGACGAGAGUGCUCGCUGCUGCUCGGGGAAGGUGUUAUGUGACGUUUGACGUUGGUCUGGAAAAACGGCGUGCGUUUCUCCGCGAUUUGCGAAUAAAUGGCCAGCUCGUUGGGCGCAAUCGACUGGGAAGAUCUGAGGAAGCAGGCGAGACAUCUGGAAAAUGAGAUUGACGCAAAAUUAGUGGCGUUCAGUAAACUGGGAAUAAAUACAGGCGCCAGACAUGUCAAUCCAGAUGAGGUUCCUCUGUUGGACGAGGAACAGGUGUUCGAGAACAUGGCAACGGAGAUAGAAACGUUACUCACCAAACUGUUCUCUAUAAAUGAGAAGAUGAGCCAGUUGGAACCAAAUGGGGCAGCUAUGUUACACACAAUGCAACGUCACAAGGAGAUUUUGAAGGAUUAUAAAUUAGAGUUUAACAAGAUUAGAAAUAACUUCGCAGCCAGAAAAGACCGUGAGGAUCUUCUGGGCAGUGUCCGCAAGGAAAUAGACAAUUAUAAAAGCGUGAGCGGAUUGAAUCGGCGCGAAAUGUAUCUCAAGGAAAACCAACAUAUUCAUAACUCUGACCGAUUGAUCAACGACCAAAUAAGUAUAGCGAUAGAGACCCGAGAUCAUCUGAUGACCCAGAGACAGGCGUUCAAACGCAUACGAACUCGAUUCAACGACAUUUCCAAUCGGUUUCCGGCAGUAAGUAGUUUACUGCAGAGGAUAAACCUGCGUAAAAAGAGAGAUUCCGUUAUACUCGGCCUCGUCAUCGGAGUCUGCACGUUUCUGAUGCUUCUUUACGCUUUUCAUUAGAUGUUCAUCGAAAAAAAAAUUCGUUAUAUUGUCUUCAUGUAGCGGUGUUACUACACUUCGCGCGCUAAAAAUUAUAUAUACGUUUAAAAAAAAAAAAAAAAAAAACAAAGGGUUUACGGAGAUCUAAUAAAUAUGUGUAUAAGGAAAUGAAAAUUUUAUGUAUAGCAUCAUAGGGGGUGUGCUUGCGCGAGUGUGAUUGUGAGUACGAAUGGGCGAUCGGGCGAUUGUGUGUACGGUUUACCUUUCAACUUUGUAUUUCUAAGAGCGAAAGGAAGGAAGUCUUCGUCCUAUAUAGUUUUUUUUAUACCGAAGUACUGUGGAAUGUGAUGAAAUGUCAAUCUACAUGUUUAAUAAACGUUAUUAAUAUAAUAACUGCUGUUAAAAUAUAAUAAAAACAAAAAUCUUAUCUUCGUCAUUAUAAACGAUGUUACGUGUUGGUUUAACUUCGAAGAUCAAAGUCCUCUCCGACGCUCUCUCUCUCUCUCUCGCGAGAGGCUGGAUGGAAGAAACGAGGAUUUCAGAUUCUCAGUUUAAAAAAAAAACACAACUUCGCACACUCGUUGCGGUAAAACCAUUUGUGUAUUUUGUGUUCUGUUUAGUUUAGUCAGUAAUCUUAAUGCGCAUGACACUCUCUGAAACAUAACGAUAAAAAAAAAAAAAGAACCAAAUAUUAUUAAAUUAUUAAAUUGUAUAAUUCAGCACAAAUUGUUUUUUUUUUUUUUUUUCGUUUUUUUAUUACACAAAGAUGACGCUCAGGGCUGAUCGAUCGGCUUUAUGGCGGGGGUGUGACAAAAUUUUUUUAACAAAAAGAAAAAAAGUUUGUCUCUCUCUCUCUCUCUCUCUCUCAGACGCAAAAGAAGGUGGGCACAUCGUCGUCGUUUCUCGGGUACGCAAAUUACCUGGUUUUACAUACACAAAGACAUUUAUACACGCAUAUAUACAUGCGAUACGCGCACUCGUACAACUUUCAAAAAUCGUCCGCAUCACGUGUGUGUGAAAAACACAAAUAUACUUAUAUAUAUACGAAAGGAAUAAUUAUUUCACUAGAAAGCGCACAACGCCUGUUUCCACGUGCACUAUAUUAGAAUAAUCGCAAUUUAUUUUCGUUUAAAUCGCGCCAGCAAGAUUAGGAACUUAAAAGCGAGACAAUUCGCAAAAAAAAAAAACAAAAAAAAAAAAAA